CGGCUGGUGGAAGCCCGUUGUUUAAAAAGCGUGAGAUCGGAACGUCGCAGGCAAUCGUGUUCAGUCGCAGAUUGGACCGCGAACCCUGCGGGUGUCGUAUUUUCGCCGUUUUUCCGUGUAUCCACGCUGCACUUGACGUUGCUUCGGUCCUCGGCGAUGAACAUUGUUUUAUUGCCAGUGUUAUAUCGCAGUAAUCCAGUGUAGUGCCGUAUACGACGUGGUCGUCUCCUCGCCGCAUCUUCAAUAAUUCGCGUUUGGACUGCUUUUCGUUUAGCAUUCUGAUUGUUUUUCACCGAUAUCCGUCGGAUACAAUCGUUAACAAUCGCCCAGCUCGACUUCCGAGAGACAAGAAACCUCUCAGGAACAAUGGGGGAAUUGUUAAAUCUGAAUUUUGGGCUUUGCCUCGUUCUUGGAUUCGUCGCAUGCGUCCAAGCAUAUCCGAUCUACGAAGAUCGUGAUCUAUACGAGGGUAGUCCGUGUACACUGUCAAAUGGCGAAGGGCGAGGAGUUUGCAAGAAGCUGCCAGAUUGCCCGACGAAGAUGCGGGAACUCCAUCGGGGAAAAUACAACGAUGCCGACCGGUGCGGUUUCGAGGAGUUCACUGAGAUUGUUUGCUGCAUAAAUAUACCAGGGAAGGUGGGGAACGACGAGAGGAGGCCGCGACCGGCCGAUGCUGCUUGCCAGGAAUACAGCAAUGAAGUUCUACCAACCGAAGGCUCCGUGAAUUUCUAUGUAUUGAACGGAGAAGACGCGAAAUCAAGUGAAUUCCCGUUCAUGGCAGCGCUUGGUUAUGCGGAUGGAUCGAAGGACAACGACGCCAGCAGUAUCAAAUACACGUGCGGAGGGACUUUAAUAUCUCAGCAACAUGUCCUCACCGCCGCCCACUGCGUUAGCAAUCUGGACGGGCGAAUUCCCGUCGAGGUAAGGCUCGGAACGACGGAUCUGAUCACCGCCGAAAGGGAUACGCAACGGGUGCCUGUAGCAUCUGCGAUACCGCAUCCUGAUUACUUGAUAACCGAGAACUACAACGACAUAGCGAUAUUAAAGCUAAGGGAACCAGUACGGCUGUCGAAUUCGGUACAGCCGGCGUGUCUGCUUUCAAAAUCCUUGAACGUUUUGGAGAGAACGAGGAAUGCGACUCUGGUUGUCGCCGGUUGGGGAGCGACGGACUUCGACGGUACCGAGACGACGAAACUGAAAAAAGCUGUCGGUCUGAGAUUCGUAGAAACGAACGAAUGCUCGGAUAGCUACAGCAGCAACAACGCGAGGCUUCCCAAUGGGCUGGACAAUAUGAUAUGCGCGAUUGACCCGAACACCACGCGACGAGCGGACACCUGUUGGGGCGACAGCGGGGGACCGCUUAUAGCAUCUUCGGGAUCCGCGCGGUUUGUUGCCGGAGUUACGGCGUUCGGCCAAGCCUGCGGCGGAUCGACGCCCAGCGUUUACACAUCGGUUUACGAUUACUUGAGCUGGAUCGAAGGCCAUGUUUGGCCCGACACCGAAGGAACACGAUCUAGAAGCAGUAAAAUAUGGUGAAAUCCGACUCGCGGGUACGGUGUGCGGAAAUGAAACUAUUUGGCAAACUCUUAUGGAUAUCGACACCUCAGAUCGAGAGUCACACGCGUGUUUCUGCCCGCCAAAUUGUGUUUAAAAUGCAGGCGUGUAAUACGUAACACUGGAUGCCAGAGUUGGAGAAAAAUUCGUGCCGCUGUUAUCUCACUAUCUCGGUACAGUUGGGUCGGUAUAUUUGAUAUAAUGAAGUGUAUUAUCGAUAUACGCACACGUCGGACAAUAUUGUAUCUAUACGCAGCUUAUACUGUGUCACUUUACUAACGAUAAGGUACCAUUACAGUUCACCUCGAUUCUGCGGAUUUUGCUGCUAUAAUUUAUUUUACUUGUCGCAACUUUCACGCGCAAUAGAAACAUUUCCGAGAAUUGAAAACUUCGUCACAUUAUAGCUGUGGAAUUAUAAGUGCGUAUGAAUACCGUAUGCCGCGAUUAAAUAUGAUAGCCAAAAUAGUUGAAUAAUAUUUGACCUAUCAAGACUGCAAAAAUUAUCAUUCAAAUGAUAAUUUGAAAUUUGCUUGCCCUCAUUAUAAACAACGUCGCUACUUGACAUUUAGAUACUUGCGAACCAGAGUAAGAUCUAGGAUACCCGAAAUAACGGUUGAUUACCAGUGAAUACUACGGGAUUCCCAACAUCAUAAGUAACAACUCAAUUUUGAGAUAUGUCGAAUUGCAGUUGAUAUUACUGCACGUAAAUCGAAGAUAUAGUAUAAGUGACUAUUUUUUAGAACUGCGAUGGUGUUUCUAUCCUGAGUUUAUUGAACUCCAUCUCAGACGUGCAGAAAUGCACAGUGAUAUUAUUCUAUUUUGUACAUAUGUAUACAUACGAUAUAGGUGUGUAUAGUUUUUGGCGUUGAUGUCAAAAAAGGAUGUUUGCUUAAACGGACAACAGAAUGGUGCUCAAUUUUUACGUAAUAAUAGAAUAGCAACACGGAUUGUUAAAACUAUAUUUUGCUUAACUAUUCCCCUACGACCUCUUACAGAGCCGCAGUAUUUUAUAAACCAAACUAGCACUUUCAUGUUAUUGAAUAUGUAGUUGCGUUUAAUUUUUUACGUCGUUAAUAAAACAUGUAUUAAAAUUUUUUUCGUUCAAUGCAGUUUCCAUCCGCAAUUUACACGGGGUAGGGAAAAUAAAUUGUUUUGUUCACGUUGUUUAUACUUUUUUGAUUAAAAAUAUAUAUAUUUUUUCAGGCAAUCACUAUUUCAAUUUGCAGACAACGCGAAACUAUCAUAUAAGAAGAUCAGAGUACAAAGGAUUAUACUUGAACGCAAGCUCAAGAUGUUCUAUCUGAAAAAGAAAAGACGAAAGAGAUACACUUAUCUAACACUCGACAUUAAAAAUGUAAUAUUCACUAGUAAUACAGAGUGUUCUGUAAUUACGAUAUAACUAUUAUAUAUACAAACACAGCUAUAAGUGCGGCCAAUUGUCACUCAUCAGCCUUCCAGCCUUGCCUUUUGGCUCAGCUAUUCAAAUAAUUUAGAUUGAAAUUUCCUUAGAAGAAUUAUAGCGUUAUUACAAAUAUUUCUUACACAUCAUAGCUUGAUCAGCAAGUUAUAAGGAUGGUCAAAUGGACCGAUCACGCGCUGACUUAUUACCCAGUGCGGUAAAAGUUUACCUACGAGGUGAUAAAUAAAUAUUAAACAUAGCAAUUUAGAACCCGAACUAGAAACAUCUUUGCCUGGUUUUCAAAAUAAUUAUCUCAUUUACUAAGAAAAACAAUCGUAGAACCUCACUCAAAAUCAACAAAAAUACGGUAUUCUUUCUCUCCAAACAAUGCAGUAAACAGUGGCGAUCCAAUCUUCAGAAAUUUGUACGUAUCAACUGUCUACUCGAUUGUCCGUAAAAAUAAUGUAACUUUGUGAAACCAUUU